AAUGGCAUGGUUGUAUGUAAAGAGGCAGGGCAGGGACAGAGGCUCACAGGGCAUCUUGCUGUUGACAGUAGAGGAGUGUGUCUCCGAUUAUACGCAGUCAACCUGCGGUGGAAAUACACAUCUUUAUUUUAUUUUUGUUUAUUUAUCCAUCUGCUGCCUGGGGAUCGACUGGUUGAGGAAAGGGCUUUCUGUGAGGACUGCAGCAGCCACUCUGAGGAAAAAAUAUUCCUACACGACUGCUCAGAAGAGGACGAUUGGCUGAGGGUCUCCUGGCAGAUCCCAAACUCCUAAUGAUUAUUCCACCUGACAAUCAAGAGAUGUCGCCCUGAUCACUGUUUGUUGGGCGCAGCUUUUUAUUAAGCAAGAUGUCAACCACGACGGAAAAUGGGAUGGGAGGGCCUUGGAGUACCAGCAGAGAGAAAACAUAUAAGAAGACCACGUCAUCGGCCUUGAAGGGGGCCAUUCAGCUCGGUAUUGGCUAUACAGUGGGCAACCUCACCUCCAAGCCUGACAGAGAUGUGCUUAUGCAAGAUUUCUACGUGGUGGAGAGCGUCUUUCUGCCAAGUGAGGGAAGCAACUUGACCCCAGCGCAUCACUAUCCCGACUUCCGCUUCAAGACCUACGCCCCGCUGGCCUUCCGCUACUUCAGGGAUCUGUUCGGCAUCAAACCAGACGACUACCUGUACUCCCUGGUAAAUGAGCCUCUGAUCGAGCUGGCCAACCCCGGGGCCAGCGGGUCUCUCUUCUACCUAACCAGUGAUGACGAGUUUAUCAUUAAAACCGUCCAGCACAAAGAGGCCAAGUUUCUACAGCGAUUACUACCUGGAUACUAUAUGAACCUGAAUCAGAAUCCACGCACGCUGCUGCCCAAAUUUUACGGACUGUACUGUAUCCAGUCAGGAGGCAUCAACAUCCGACUGGUGGUGAUGAACAACGUGCUGCCUCGCUCCGUCAAAAUGCAUUAUAAAUACGACCUGAAGGGAUCCACCUACAAGAGACGAGCGUCCAGGAAAGAGAGGGAGAAGGCGUGUCCGACCUACAAAGAUCUGGACUUCCAGGACAUGCACGAAGAAGGGCUUUACUUUGACGCAGAGACGUACAACAACCUGAUGAAGACCCUGCAGAGAGACUGUCGGGUGUUGGAGAGUUUUAAGAUCAUGGACUACAGCCUGCUGCUGGGGGUCCACGUCCUGGACCAGAGCCAGAGAGAAGGGCUCGAGCAGGGCCAGGCAGGGGGGGACGGCAGGAGACCUGUGGGUCAGAGGGUCCUCUACUCCACCGCCAUGGAGUCCAUCCAGGGAGACGGCAAGGCUGCCGAAGCCCUCGCCACAGAUGACACGAUGGGUGGUAUCCCUGCCAAAACACACAAAGAAGAGAAGCUGCUCAUCUUCCUGGGUAUCAUAGAUAUUCUACAGUCAUACAGGUUCAUUAAAAAGUUGGAACACUCUUGGAAAGCCUUGGUGUACGAUGGGGACUCCGUCUCGGUGCACCGGCCCGGGUUUUAUGCCAGCCGCUUCCUCAAGUUCAUGAGCACACGGGUCUUCAGGAAGACACAGCCAAUUCGAUUCUCCCCUUCAAAGAGGACUCGCACUUCCAUUCCAGCUCUGAAGUCGUCCUCUCAGGAGAUCCUUUCAUCGCAGGCAGAUGAGAGGAAUGAGGAGAAGGGCAGGAGGGACAGGCUGGGAGGAGCUCGCAGUCUGGCCAGUCUGGACGGACAAGCUGUGUUCGGUUCCUACCUGCGUCCCGAUCUGGUCCCUGCCAACCCGUCCUUCUACGAGGGCUCCUCCAUGGGAACCAUCUCCACCUCCUCCAUCUUUGUCAACGUGGACAACCAAACAGACGAGAGAGAUGACGUUGCAUCCAGUUCUACGUUUACCCUGGAGGACAGCGCUAUCUGCCUCACUUCCGAGCAAAGCACCAUGGAUGUGGACAUAGACCGUGAUGACGGAUCCGUUCUUGAUGUCUACUUGUGAAAAGAGCUUUACAACCUUCAGUUCCUCCUGCCAAUCAUCAGACAAUCGCCGCACUCCAUUGGACAGGCCAAACCGGCCUCUGAAUCCACCUCCAGUGCUGCUAGAUCCAUGUUGCCACUUGUAUUGCCAACACAUAAUAAGACUGAGAUUCUCCAACGGUUGAUGGACUAAAAGAAGACACCAACAGAGACACAGCAACGGACAUUUACAGAAACCAUGUGACAUUCCAUCAUGUAAUGUGAUGAACAUCAGGCUGAACUGAGUGUCGCUUUUUAGAGCAUGCGUCAACGCAGUGCCAUUAAGUUUUUUAUAUAUAUGUAUCCUGUUUUCAUGGCCUACACAAAGAUCUAAACAUUUACUAUAUAUACAUAUGAGGAGAGGGUAGAUACGCAUCAUACAUUACUUAAAAACAUUUUUUUUCAGCUGACCAGAAAGAAAGACUAUUUAAAAGUUUGCAGCUGCUUUAGUUGCUGAUCAGAUGAGAAAUGUUUACAGUGAUUUUAUGAUGACGACGUGGGACGGGAGAGUGUGGCGUAAAAGGACACAAGCCAGCUUGUAGCCGCAGCCAACACGGACAAGGAAAGACUCACAUGAGCAGACGUGAUGAUUCUGAGGCCAAACACAGACAGUGACAUAGUUAAGGUGGCCACCUAAUCCUAACAGGGCUGUUCUUUGUGCUGCCUAGACAGGAACCUGAAGCUCUGGCGAGGGGCUGCUGUAAAGUAAAGUGAGAAAAGACAGUUACUGGAUCUUGGAUGAAGCACAGAGCGGAGGGACGAUACACUCGCUCUUGAUAAAAAGGCACUUUUGACAUUGGUUAUGAUUACUGUAAGAAAUAUUUUUCUGAGGACAUUGCUUAGGUGGGUGGGCUACCUGACAUACAGUAAGCACAGAUUUGGAUGUGUGAAGAUGCACUUUUUUUUUUUUCCUCUCUUUUUACUCUACAAAUGCACACCUCUGUAAGUCAUCGAUAGUACAUGUACACAGAGACAAUGAAGGAACAUUGUAGAUCAUUUUUGAUGUGGCGCUAAUAGUUUUGUGAGGUUUGCGUCAUGACUGAAGAUGCUUUUACUCAGGAUAUCCUUUGAUACUGAAUAAGUGUGUCCUCUUCAAGAAGUUAUGAGACAUGCAUCCUACACUUAGAAGCUGUCCGAUACCUCUUCAUCAAGAAUAUAUCCAACUAUAAAUGUUGAACUUAAAGAUCACACGUCAGUUGAGACCAUAAUUUAUUAUGUAAAUCUCAAUAUUUUACCAUUUGCUGAAAAAAAAAUACUUUAAUCGCUGAAUGUAACGACAAUGCAUAUUUAUAUAGAAGAGACUCCUAUAAAUAAACUGCUAAAAAUCAA